CCUGACCAAUCCAUCUUCAGGCCCGGUAGGCGACCUCCCAGAGCUGACCCUAAUUUUGUAUUCUAAUAAAUUAAAACACCCCGGCGACGAUCUCCCCUGCAGAAUUCGAUCCCGACCCCGGAAGCUUCCUCCAUCGAUCGCCCGCUCGCCCGCUCGCCCACCGGUUCGCGAUCCGCAUAUAUAUAUAUACGUAUAUUUGCUCUUCGCCGUUCGCCGUACCUCCGUCUUCCUUUCUAUCUCCAUUCGAAGCCGAUCGAAUAAAAACCCUAGCCGUCCGAACUCGACUCGCCGGUGAGCUUUUUUGAUUCGGUCGGGUCCGGGAUGUUCAACGGAAUGAUGGAUCCCGAGCUCUUCAAGCUCGCCCAGGAGCAGAUGAACCGCAUGUCCCCCGCUGAGCUGGCCAAGAUCCAGCAACAGAUGAUGUCUAAUCCUGAAUUGAUGAGAAUGGCCUCUGAGAGCAUGAAGAAUAUGAGGCCUGAAGAUUUACGACAAGCGGCAGAACAAUUAAAGCAUGUUCGUCCUGAGGAGAUGGCUGAGAUUGGUGAGAAGAUGGCUAAUGCUAGCCCUGAGGAGAUUGCAGCUGUACGCGCUCGUGCGGAUGCCCAGAUGACUUAUGAGAUCAAUGCAGCUAAAAUUCUCAAGAAAGAGGGGAAUGAACUUCAUAGCCGGGGGAGGUUUAAGGAUGCCUCGCAGAAGUAUUUGCGUGCCAAGAAUAACUUAAAAGGAAUUCCGUCGUCUGAAGGCAAGAAUCUUUUAUUGGCAUGCUCCCUUAACUUGAUGUCCUGCUACUUGAAAACAAGGCAGUACGAGGAAUGCAUAAAGGAAGGCUCUGAGGCUUUAGCAUGUGAGGAGAAAAAUCUCAAAGCUUUCUACAGGAGGGGCCAAGCAUAUAGAGAAUUAGGUCAAUUGAAGGAUGCGGUCUCUGACUUGAGAAAGGCACAUGAAAUUUCUCCUGAUGAUGAAACAAUUGCGCAGGUUCUAAGGGAUACUGAGGAAAGUUUGACCAAAGAAGGUGGUUCUGCACCAAGAGGGGUGGUCAUUGAGGAAAUAACUGAAGAAGAUGAGACUUUGGCCUCUGUGAACCAUGAAAGCCCAUCAGAAUAUUCAGAGAAGCGGCAUCAGGAAUCAGAGGAUGCCCACAAGGGUCCAAUUAAUGGUGAUAUUAUGGGUCAAAUGACCAAUUCUGAAAGCUUGAAAGCUUUGAAAGGUGACCCAGAUGCAAUCAGGUCAUUCCAGAAUUUUAUUUCUAAUGCUGAUCCCACAACUUUGGCUGCAAUGGGUGCGGGAAAUGCUGGAGAGGUAUCCCCUGACUUGAUUAAGACCGCUUCUAGUAUGAUUGGCAAGAUGUCAGCAGAAGAACUCCAGAAGAUGAUUCAGCUGGCUUCAUCGUUUCCCGGGGAAAACCCUUAUGUCACAAGAAACUCAGAUAGUAAUUCCAAUAGCUUUGGAAAUGGAUCAAUUCCUAAUGUGUCGCCUGACAUGUUAAAAACUGCGAGCGAUAUGAUGAGUAAGAUGUCACCUGAUGAUCUUCAGAGGAUGUUUGAAAUGGCAUCUUCUUCGAGAGGGAAGGACCCUUCUCUGGAUGCUAACCAUGCAAGUUCAAGCUCUGGGGCGAAUUUGGCCGCCAAUUUGAAUCAUAUUUUGGGUGAAAGUGAACCGAGUUCGUCUUAUCACAUACCUUCAAGUUCAAGGAAUAUUUCAUCUUCUCCUCUAUCAAAUUUCCCAUCAUCACCAGGUGAUAUGCAAGAGCAGAUAAGAAAUCAAAUGAAAGACCCAGCUAUGAGGCAGAUGUUUACAUCUAUGAUGAAGAAUAUGAGUCCAGAGAUGAUGGCAAACAUGGGCAAACAGUUUGGACUCGAGCUUUCUCCAGAAGACGCUGCAAAAGCCCAGGAAGCAAUGUCUUCUUUAUCACCAGAGAUGUUGGACAAGAUGAUGCGCUGGGCAGACAGGGCUCAAAGAGGAGUCGAGACAGCUAAGAAGACCAAGAACUGGUUGCUUGGGCGGCCCGGUAUGAUUUUGGCCAUAUGCAUGCUCCUCUUGGCAGUGAUCCUUCACCGGCUUGGCUUUAUCGGGAGCUAGAGCGGCGGAAUCCCUUUGCUCGUUCAAGCUUUAUGCGACAAGUCGGCCAGAAAGCAGUAGCAUCGGAUUGGAACACGCAAUGCAUCUUCGUCGAUCCAUCUUCAGAUGAAAUUGGCUCCCCUAGGCGGGGGACGUUCUUUAGUCGUCGGAAGGUCUGUCGGAUAGAAUGGGUAGAACAUAGCAUAUACCCAUGAAGUGCUGGUGGUUUGUGAUUUAUGCUGACUGUUUGGACUUCCUUCCAUUUAACAUAAAUUGUGCUGCUUGUAGAGAUAAAAAUGUCCGAGCUGGAAUCUCGCAAGAGAUUCUGAUCAAGAAAUUUCAUUUUUUCUUUUUAGUCUGGUCCUAUUCUAUAUUUAUUUUACAAAAAGAAAUCCAUUACUUGUUCUUUA